AGCCAGAGGAAACCAUAAAGAAAGGCAGUCUGCAAGCAGGCGGAGCAGGGCGUCGGGAGGCCCAGACCAGACCCCUCGGAGCUAGGAGAGCGGGGCGGCCUGAAGGCGUCGAGGAAGGAACCGGAGAACAAAGUGCACAGCUGGAUCUCCAGGUAGCACAGCUGGAUCCCUCGCAGCCCUGCUGCAGCUGCUUCGGGACAAGCGCCUGGGCGGAGCCAGGAAGGUGAUGCAAAGAUGUCGACGCUGCUGGACCCCGGCAUGCAGAGUCUGCGUGUAGGUACAAACGGCGAGAGAUCCUGUACGCCAUCCCCACCGAGCUCCCCGGGGACGCUCAAUGAGAGCUGCAGCAUCGCGCCCCUCACGCCCUCCCAGUCUCCGAGGAACGAAGCUCGGACGCAGAGGCCCACAUCCUUCACCGUGGUGGUGGCCAUCGACUUUGGCACGACCUCCAGCGGCUAUGCCUUCAGCUUCUCCAACGACCCCGAGGCCAUCCACAUGAUGAGGAAGUGGGAAGGCGGCGACCCCGGUGUGGCCAAUCAGAAGACACCCACUAGCUUGUUGCUGACACCGGAGGGCACUUUUCACAGUUUUGGAUACACGGCCAGGGACUAUUACCAUGACCUUGACCCAGAGGAAGCCCGGGAAUGGCUCUACUUCGAGAAAUUUAAGAUGAAGAUUCACAGCACUAGCGACCUGACCAUGAAAACUGAACUAGAAGCUGUGAAUGGGAAGAAGGUCGCAGCACUGGAGGUGUUUGCACACGCGCUGCGCUUUUUCAAGCAGCAUGCUCUGCAGGAGCUCAAGGACCAGUGCCCGUCGUUGCCGGAGAAGGGAGCCGUGCGCUGGGUGAUCACGGUGCCAGCCAUCUGGAAACAGCCCGCCAAGCAGUUCAUGAGGGAGGCUGCCUACAAGGCCGGCUUGGUGUCCCCCGAGACCCCGGAGCAGCUGUUAAUUGCCCUGGAGCCAGAAGCCGCGUCCAUCUACUGCAGGAAACUCCGGCUCCACCAGCUGAUCGACCUCAGCUACAAACCGCUGGCAAAUGGCCUGGCCCCCGACCGCUCCAUCGACUCCAGCUUCAGGCAGGCCCGGGAGCAGCUCCGGCGUUCCCGCCACAGCAGGACCUUCCUGGUGGAGUCGGGCGUGGGCGAGCUGUGGUCUGAGAUGCAGGCAGGUGACCGCUAUAUAGUGGCCGACUGUGGGGGAGGGACGGUGGAUCUCACCGUGCACCAGAUCGAGCAGCCGCAGGGGACCCUCAAGGAGCUCUACAAAGCCUCAGGUGGCCCCUACGGCGCGGUGGGUGUGGACUUGGCCUUCGAGCAGCUGCUGUGCCAGAUCUUCGGGGAGGAUUUCAUUGCUACCUUCAAGGCCAAGCGCCCGGCUGCCUGGGUGGACCUGACCAUCGCCUUCGAGGCGCGCAAGCGGGCGGCCGCCCCGUCCCGCGCCAACCCCCUCAACGUCUCCCUGCCCUUCUCCUUCAUCGACUUCUACCGCAAGCACCGGGGCCAGAACGUGGAGACCGCGCUCAAGAAGAGCAGUGUGAACCUGGUGAAGUGGUCGUCCCAGGGGAUGCUACGGGUGUCCGCGGAGGCCAUGAACGAGCUCUUCCAGCCGACCAUCAGCCAGAUCAUCAACCACAUUGACGCCCUCAUGAAGAAGCCCGAAGUGGACGGCAUCAAGUUCCUGUUCCUGGUGGGGGGCUUUGCCGAGUCGGCCAUGCUGCAGCACGCGGUGCAGACGGCCUUUGGCGCCACGUGCCGCGUGAUCAUCCCGCAGGACGUGGGGCUGACCAUCCUCAAGGGCGCCGUGCUCUUCGGCCUCGACCCCACCAUUGUACGGGUGCGCCGCUCGCCCCUGACCUACGGCGUGGGCGUGCUCAACAAGUUUGUGGAGGGCAAGCACCCCCGGGAGAAGCUGCUGGUGAAGGAGGGCAAGAAUUGGUGCACCGACAUCUUCGAGAAAUUCGUGGCCGUCGACCAGUCCGUGGCCCUGGGAGAAGUGGUGCAACGCAGCUACUGCCCAGCCCGGGCCGGGCAGCGGAAGAUCAUCAUCAAUGUCUACUGCAGCGCCACGGACGACGUGGUCUACAUCACCGACCCGGGCGUGCGCAAAUGCGGCACCAUCAGUCUGGAGCUGGACGCGGUGGAGGAUGGGGGGUCCCCCUCCCCGCGGAGCCGCCGCGAGAUCCGCGCCAGCAUGCAAUUUGGGGACACGGAGAUCAAGGUCACGGCCAUGGACGUCAGGACCGCCAAGACCGUUCGGGCCUCCAUCGACUUCCUGUCCAACUGAGCCCCGGGGGAGCAGGGACGACCUGGGGCAUCCCGAUAGUGGCUCCCACCCCCAGCCCCAACCUGGCAGCCAGUGACUGCAUCCUGGGGGGUUUAUCACUGCAGGACCGAGCUGCUCCCACCCUCCGGGGGCUGGAAACAUCCCUUCGUGGACUUGCAAAGGUGGGCAAGCCGUGGGGAGCCCACUGCGACCUUGGUGGGAGCUGGAGGGGUGGUCUGCUCCAGACCUGCUGCAUCUUAACACACCCAAAUCCAUCUCAGGGGUCUCAGCCUCUGGAUGCAGAUCAGCAAGGGGCAUGCUGAGGUGGGAAUGACCCUUGCCAAGAUCCCAUGAGCUUUGGACCCACAGCACUGUCCCUCCUGCUACCCUGGGCAUGGACAGACUGACAUCUUGGAUGAUCGGGAGAGAUGCAGCCCCAAGCCCAAAGAGAUCUCCUCUACCCUCCCCAAGCACGAGCGGGUGGUCCUGCUUUGAGCAGGGGGUUGGACUAGAUGCCCACUGGAGGUCCCUUUCCACCCUCCUCAUCUAUGAGUCUAUAAGUGUCGUGGGCUUCGUGUCUAUAAGUGUUGUGGGCUUGUUGCAUCGUGGAGACAUCGCCCCGGAGCAGCAGGCUCGCGUCCCCAGUGCCGGGCCAUUGCAGCCACAGCGAGGUGCUUCCAGUGGGACCCAGUUGCAUGUCUGGGGCCAGGGAUUGCAGCAAACCCAGGGAUGCUCUGAUCCCUCUCCACCCUAUGGAUGUUUGCUGGGGCCCAGGGUCUCACCCGAGGACUGCAAAUACCAGAUACCCACGGACUGCAGCUGGGUCGUGCCCAUCUAUGAGCAUGGCUCCCCCCACUAUCCCUGCGAGGGGCAACAGGCUCAGAGCCAUGUCCUGGGGGGGGGGCUGCCCAAUGCCUCCCUAGGAAAACCACUUUGCUGGCCUGUGGCUACUCAAACGAACACGCCGUGAAUUAAGAGCCGGCCACUUCUUCCCUAGACAGACAGCACUCAGCGAGGCGAGAGGAUGACGAACUGAAAUGACGCCUGAAUCCCCACUGGCAGAUAGCAGCAAUAAAUAUAUCUAUAUAUAUUUUUUUUUGUAAGCCCCCAAAUUUUUAUUUUUCUAUAUUGCCUGCCGAUGUGCGGCGCGCAAGAGCCCCGGGCGGUGUGGUGGGGUCCCCGGGUGGCAUGGCAUUUAUAACCUGUUGAAGUACAGCAUGAGAAGCGAUGGAAGUCAAAAUAAACUAUGAUAUCCUCCCGCA